AUGUUGCGAACAAGAUCAAGGCUAGCAUCGCAAGCACUACAGCGCGCGGCGCCGCGGGCGCAUCUUCCGGUCAGGCGGUUCGCCAGUGUCCGGGCAGAAGAGAAGGACCCUGUCGAGCUAGACCAGAUCACCACUCUCCCUAAUGGCAUCCGCGUCGCCACCGAGGCCCUCCCCGGCCAUUUCUCUGGAAUUGGCGUCUACGUCGAUGCCGGCUCCCGCUACGAAACUCCCGAACUCCGCGGCGUGUCGCACAUCAUCGAUCGGCUAGCUUUCAAGUCUACCACAAAGAGGACAUCCGAUCAAAUGCUGGAGAUGUUGGAAUCGCUUGGCGGUAACAUUCAGUGUGCUUCGAGCCGGGAAAGCUUGAUGUAUCAGUCGGCUACUUUCAACAGCAGAGUUGAAGACUGUGUUGGCCUGCUUGCUGAGACCAUCCGCGACCCGUUGAUCACGCAAGAGGAGGUUGACCAGCAACUGGAUACGGCGGCAUAUGAGAUUAGCGAGAUCUGGAGCAAACCGGAGCUUAUCCUUCCGGAGCUGGUGCACAUGGCGGCCUACAAGGACAACACACUGGGCAACCCGCUGCUUUGCCCCGAGGAGAGACUAAAUGAGAUCGACAGGAACGUGGUGGAGGCAUACCGCAGGGCCUUUUUCCGACCGGAAAGGAUGGUCGUUGCAUUCGCUGGUGUCAACCACGAGGAAGCGGUCAAGCUCUCUGAGCAGUACUUUGGCGAUAUGAGCAAGGAGCCGUUGCUCUCUCAAGUUGGCGGCCAUGCAACGCUCAACACCGACGCUGCCACAGAGGGCCAAUCAGCGGCCACCUCUACGCCGUCGAAUGUUGCAUAUGGUGCCACGAACUCGCAAGAUUCGUCCAAGCUGUUUGGGAAGAUUCCUUUCUUCAAGAACCUCUCCACUUCGGCCCAGCACUCCGCACAGCACGCCGACUCCACCCUCGCUUUCCCUGAGCCCGAGCUUACCCGCCCUUCUCAUUACACGGGCGGCUUCCUCUCACUACCUCACAUGCCGCCACCCCCCAACCCGGCGCUGCCGCGCCUCUCGCACAUCAACCUUGCCUUCGAGACCCCCGGCAUCGGCUCCGACGACAUCUACGCGCUGGCAACUCUGCAGACUCUUCUGGGUGGCGGUGGCUCUUUUUCCGCCGGUGGCCCUGGAAAAGGCAUGUAUUCCCGCCUCUAUACCAACGUGCUGAACCAGUAUGGUUGGGUUGAGUCGUGCACGGCAUUCAACCACUCUUACACGGACUCCGGACUCUUUGGCAUCAGCGCCUCCUGCGAACCCCGAAGCAUCGGCAACAUGCUUGAGGUUAUGUGCCGCGAACUCGCUUCCCUCUCGGCGCCUACAGGUUUCCACGCUCUCAAGCCGGGCGAGGUCCAGCGCGCCAAGAACCAGCUUCGCUCGUCGCUGCUCAUGAACUUGGAGAGCCGCAUGGUAGAGCUGGAGGAUCUGGGCAGGCAGGUGCAGGUGCACGGCCGCAAGGUCGGUGUCAUGGAGAUGUGCGAGAAGAUCGAGAAGGUCACGAUCCAGGAUCUGCGUCGGGUAGCUGGGGAGGUGUUUGGUGGCAUGGUUAAGAACCCCGGCAGUGGCAGCGGCGCCCCCACUGUGGUGCUGCAGGAGGGUCUCUAUGACGGAGAAGCGCCAUCUCAGAAGAAGAGUUUCGAGUGGAACGAAAUCCAGGAGAGGAUUGGGAGGUGGAAGCUGGGCAGGAGGUAA